AUGGCGUCCCUUAACAAGCUCGCCAUACGCGGUAUCCGCUCUUUCGACGACAAACAUGUCCAAGUGAUCGAGUUCUACUCGCCCCUCACUGUCAUCGUUGGGCACAAUGGUAGUGGCAAGACGACCGUCAUCGAGUGUCUUAAGUAUGCGACGACCGGUGACCUCCCCCCGAACACCAAGGGCGGCGCAUUCGUCCACGACCCCAAGAUGGCCAACGAGAAGGAAGUGAAGGCUCAGGUCCGCCUGCGCUUCUGGAACGUCAACCGCGAGCGCAUGACUGUCACUCGCAGUCUCCAAGUCACCACGAAGAAGACGGGUGCCCUUACGAUGAAGACGCUUGAGGGAUUAUUGGCCAAGGAUGACGGUGGGGCAUCAGGAAAGCGUAACACCAUCUCCACCAAGUGCUCAGAGCUGGACGAAGAGGUCCCACUCUUACUCGGUGUCUCUAAGGCCAUCUUGGAGAACGUCAUCUUCUGCCACCAGGAAGACUCCAACUGGCCACUUGCCGAGCCAGCCGCUCUCAAGAAGAAGUUCGACGACAUCUUCGAGGCGACAAAGUACACCAAGGCUGUGGACAAUAUCAAGGCUCUGAGGAAGGAGCGCACUGCCGAGAUCAAGGUCGAUAUGGAACGCCUCAAGUUUCUCAAGAAUGACAAGGACCGGGCGCAGCGUAUGCGCCAAGAUCAUGACGGAAUGGUCGCCAAGGAGAACUCGAGGACGACAGAGGCUGAGGAGCUGAAGUCUCGUUUCCACGUCCUGAAGAAGGACAACGAGGCGUUGUAUAAAAGAUCCACAGCGUUCCAGCACAUCUUUGAGCGUCAUGAUAGUCUCAUCGCGCGCAAAGAAAUGCUCAUGGCUAACCGUGAUCGCAUGAUGGAUGGUAUGACUGUCCUGAACGACACCACCGAGGAGCUCAUGCACAAGUUCCAGAACUUCGAAACGCACCUCAAGUCCAUUGAGGGCAAGCGCGACCAGCAGAUCGAGACGUACGAGCGGAACGUUCGCGAGCGCGAGACGUCAGUGCGCGAGCUGUCCAAGACUUGUAACAUCCCUGGUUAUGACUACAGCUCGCUGGAAGAUGCAAAGGUCAUGGACUUUGUUGACCGACUUCAAGAAAUGGUUCGGAAGGCGGAAGCCGACCUCAAGCGUUUGCAAACUGAAGGACUACGCAAGGAGCGUGAGCUGCAGUCUGAGCUCGACGACCUCGCCAACAAGAAGACGACUGCUCUCGCGACGAAGUCCAGCAAGGAGGACCAGAUUCGUCAGCUUCAAACCCGCAUCCGUAACAUGGAACAGAGCUUUGACUCGUUCAGCUCUGUCGACGCCGAUAUCAGCGUACUCGAGAAUGACGUUUCAUCGUUGGAGACCCGCCGAGAAACUUUGGAGCAGGAGGUCCAGGAAGCCCGCUAUGAUGAGCAGCUGCGUGAGCGCCGCUCAGCAGUCGGCCAGAAGGAAGCGGCCCGCGAGAAGCUGAACGGCGAGUUGACAGCACUCAACCGUCAGGCGGACACACGUGCUCAACUUUCCAUUAAGCGUUCAGAGCUGGAAUCCAAGAAAGCCCAGGUCGAGGCUUCAGUUCAGAACCACUCGGCUCGUUUCAAGGAGCUGAUCAACUCCGACCUGACGCCGGAGACGAUGGAGGAGAAGGUGACUCAGGCCGCUAGCCGCAAGGACCGCGAGCUGCAGGAGGCCGAGUCUGCGGCAGCGGCCAACGAGCGGACCUUGUCCCAGCUCCAGGCGUCCACCAACAUCGCGAAGCAGAACCUGAAGGCAAGGAGCGAGGAGCUUACCAAGCUCGAGCGUUCUGUCUCCGAUGUCCUGCAGGAAGCAGAGCAGUCUACUGUGGACGACGGAAUCAAAGAAUGCGAGACUGAGAUUGGCAUCCUGAAGGACGAGCUUGCAGACAGUGAAAGUGCAAAAAAGUGGUACCAGAGGGUCCUCGACACCAGCAGGUCGAAGAAGAAGUGUAUGGGUUGCGACCGUGCCAUCCACGAGGGCGAGCAGGGCUCUAUUCAAGUUUACCUUCAAGCCCGCUUGCAGAAGCUGAACGCUGCGGACCAGUCAGAGCUGCAGAGCGACUUGCACGAAUGGACUGUCCAACUGGACAAGCUGCGCGCUAUCCAGCCAUCGGUCGAGCGCGCCAAGACUCUGAAGCGGACAGAGGUCCCUGUUCUGGAACAGCAGAUUGACACGAACACUGCUAAGCUCGCGACUGUGCAGGUAGAGGUGGAUGAGACGGUGCAGGCAACCAAGCUUGCUGUGCGCGAUCUUCACGCCAUCAAGAGCGCGGCUGUCAUCAUGACCCGUCUCGUGGGUGAGAUUGAUGACCUCAAGGCCAGCGUUCAGCGCCUGGAGCGCGACCUCCAAUCGACUGGGUCGCUCAAGACCGUCGAUGACGUGCAGCGCGAGAUUGAGCAGAUCGCCAGCGAGAUUAAAACCCUCCAGCGUGACAUCAACUUCUCCCUUAACGAGAAGGAACUCAAGCUCAACACGAUCCGUAGCAUUGGAGAUGACCUGCACCGCAAGACGAUGCGACUCACAGACCUCCGCUCCAAGCAGGAGCGCCGCAAGUUGGACGAGCAACAGCUCAAGGAACAGCAAACUCAACUGACUAAGCUGCAAGGAGAGCUCAAGGAACUCGACGUUGCAACGCAGGCUGCAUCAGCUCCCUGGCGCGAGAAGCGUGACGCACUUGGCCGCUACCGAACCGAGCGGCAGGAUGAGGACGACAGCGCCAGCAUGCAGGUCGGCACAUACCAGUCAAGCCUGUACGAGCUCGAGUCUAAGCACCGCUCGUGCCAGGCGUACGUCACCGAGGGAAACGACCGCAAGCUGCGCGAGAACGAAUCGCAUCUGGAAAGCAUGCGCCAGGAGAUCCAAGCGACGAACGACCGUCGCGUGGCCAUCGACAAGACGGUCAGUGGGCUUCAGGAGGAUGUCUCCCGUGCGCAUGUCACUCGUCGCAACCUUAAGAGCAAUCUCGACUUCCGUGCAGAGGAACGCUCAAUUGAAAAAGUGCAAGAGGAGAUGGACGAACUUGACCUCGAGGGAGCAGCUCGUGAUCGGCGGAGCUUCAACCAAGAGUACAAGCAGAAGUUGGAAGAGGAGACCGACGUCCAGAACCGAUGGCAACUGUGCUCUGGCCAGGUCAUGCAGAUGGCUGAGGAGCGCAAGCGCUUGGAGAAGACACUCUCUUCAGAUUAUAAGAACAUUGACAAGCUAUAUCGCGACCAGCUCAUCAAGACCAAGACGAGUGAGGUCGCGAACAACGACCUCGAGAAAUAUGCCAAGGCGCUGGACAAUGCGAUUCUCAAGUACCACUCCAUCAAGAUGGACGAGAUCAACGACACGAUCAGCCACCUCUGGAGCAAGACGUACCAGGGUACCGACAUUGACACGCUGCGCAUCAUGUCGGACCACGACGAGCACGGCACAAGCGCACGCAAGUCGUACAACUAUCGUGUUGUCAUGGUUAAAAAUCAAGUCGAGCUCGACAUGCGUGGCCGCUGCUCUGCCGGCCAGAAGGUGCUCGCGUCCAUCAUCAUCCGCCUCGCGCUAGCCGAGAGCUUCGGCCAGGGAUGUGGUGUACUCGCCCUGGACGAGCCGACUACCAACCUCGAUCAGGAAAACAUCAACGCGCUCGCGGAGGCGCUGGCCGAGAUCAUUCGCGAGAGGCGACGCCAGACCAACUUCCAGCUUAUCGUCAUCACCCACGACGAGGGUUUCCUUCAGCGCCUGGCUGCACAGGACGUUCUCGACUACUACUGGCGCGUCUCGCGCGACAUGAACCAAAAGAGUGUUCUGGAGCGCCAGCGCAUUGGCAUUUAG